UCAGCUGGUCGUCGGCCGAGGGACCGCGAAGGCCUCCUCUAGGGCCUCCCGGACGGCGGGCGGCACCGCGCCCUUCUUGUGGGCGAGCUUGGCGAGGUCAUGGGGCGGCUGGGCGGUGGGGGGGCGGCUCUCUUCGGGACGCUGGGUGGUGAGGAGAUAGAGGAAGGCGGGCUCGAGUCGCUCCUUUUGCAUCCUGAUGGUCUUCUGCACCACUGGCAGUGUGAGGGGGCCGUUGCGGAGCGUCGGGAAGGAGACAGCGGCGCGUUCGAUGGCGACGCCAUGAGCCGACGCUGUCCCCCUCUCCAAAGUCCACUCGGCCGCCUUGUGGAGAGUCGGUGCGGUGGCUUCUGGUGCCGUUGGUGCCUCUGGUGCGGGUGAGGCUUCUGGUGCUGCUGGUGGGGCGGUGGCAGCUGUGUUGUCGUUGUCCCCCUCAGGCAAUGCGGCUGGGUGUGGGGCUGGGAUGGGUGGUGUGGGGGCUGGCGUGGGUGAGUCGGCUUGGCCCUGCACCUCAAAGGACGAUCUGAUAUCGGCAAUUCACGCAGACACAGACAGAACAGAAUGGAAGUCCUCUGAGUGUGUCAUUAUUGUACCCAUUUCGAUCGUCACGGGCACGCCCCCCUCCCUCUCGUCAACACUAUCGGACACUCUGCGACCAAACGAGGCGUCCACACAGACACAGACAGACCAAAUGAGAUGGGUAAUAAGAUGGAAGUCUCUCUGCGUGUGGCCUUACCCGUUGUUGGUGUCAUGGCCGCCUGCGGGCAU